UGGUUCAUCUCUUCAUUGGGUAACCUGUGUUAGUAAACUCAAUAUGGCGGCAGAGAAAGAAUUUCCGAUGUUUGUUGUAGAUGCAUUUACGAACAAGCCGUUUGGUGGUAAUCCCGCAGCAGUUUGUCUUGUAGGGACACAGGAAUUAGAUGAAAAAUUUUACCAGAAAAUAGCCAUGGAAAUGAAUCUAUCAGAGACAGCGUUUGUAAGAGAAGUUACUGACAGUGAAAGCUAUGAAACCGGUGUACGUUUCCAUCUCCGCUGGUUCACCCCUACAAAUGAGGUUCCUCUUUGUGGACAUGCAACACUUGCCUCAGCAGCAGUGAUAUUCUAUCACUCAGGUAAUGAUAACCAGGAGAUCACAUUUGACACUCUCAGUGGACCAAUCAAGGCAAGAAGAAAAGGUUCUAUGGUAUGUCUUGACAUGCCUCUGAAUAACCCAGUUCCAGUAGAUCCAGAGGGCCAAGAUGAGAUUUCAAAGGUGAUCAAGUCUGUGGUUGGUGAUAUGCCUUGUACUGAUAUUCUUUACUCAAGGACUACUAAGAAACUUCUUCUACGUCUUAAAGACACACACUCUAGGGCAGACCUGGAGGGCUUGUCACCAAACCCCCAGUCCCUCCUGGCUGCACAUGAUGGCAGCACAGUUAAGGGGGUUAUAGUCACUUUAAAAGGAGACAAAGACAAUGGCUGCAUGGAUGACCAGGGACAAAUUUAUGACUUUGUCUCACGGUAUUUUGCACCUUGGAAUGGGAUCCCUGAGGACCCAGUUACUGGCUCAGCUCAUACAGUGUUAGGAAGCUACUGGUCAAACCAGCUUAACAAGCUUUCACUUUAUGCUCGUCAGUGUUCUCAACGGGGAGGCGAACUCCACAUGGAUAUACGCAGUGAUGGAAGAAUAGAUGUAUAUGGAGAAGCAGUUAUAGUGUUAAAAGGUGCACUUAAUUUAUGAAAUAUAUUUAGCACUAGUGACACACAAAACGACGGGAAGCCAUGAAGGGUUUCAAGUCCUAGAAUUAGGGACACAGGAAACCCACAGACUGUCGUGGAGAGUUUUUAAAAAGGCCUUCUAAAGGCCUGAUACCUAAGAAUGCACCUUUUACUCUUGAGACUCACACAAGGAGGCCUUUUUUUACUUCAACAGUCUCUGUAAGCCACCAUUUUGUCAUCUUAGCAAAGUACCACGUGCAAAAAAGCAUCCAUUUCCAUCGGCGGAUUUGGGGAAUUUAAUGCGAUAUUUUCUAUUGAAUUUGGCAAAUAAAGUAUCAAACUUUUUUUCUUAGAUGGUUACUUCGAGAUUUUAGUACAUUAUGUAAAAUCAAAACAAUGUUAAAUCAAAACAAUAACAAAGGUGUGGCUGACAAGGGCACUUUCAGGUCUUGUCUUGGCUCAACAAACCCUUCCACUCAACUAGGAUGUCUGUUCAUGAAUGGCAUGUUAACUAGCUAGGUUUCAAACUACACUUCAGUCUAAACAAUUAUAAGAUGGGCCACUAGCAUGACAGGGGAUAGGGGGGCUUGAAUUUUUCCCUCAAAGAAUUUUUUUGAUAUUGUAUUCAGGUGAUACGUUUCAAGGAUAAAAUUAUCAUCACCAUC